GAAAGGCCAGCGUCUGGCUCCUCUGCUCCUCCUCAUCCCCUCCGCCGCCGCGCUGCUGCUCAACCAGAACGGAGAGCUUGCAAGAUCAGCGUUGCGGUCCACACGCUCGGCCCCGCAAGGUCGCCGCCUCUGUGAAGGCCGCCCCACCGAAUAAGAAGAAGGGGAAGAAACCAAACCUCGUCACGGGCGAGCGGCAUGAAGAGCUUCCCUGUGGCCGGCGGCCGCAGCGUCUCCCUCGCCCUCUUCUCCGAUGUCUCCAACAGCCGGGAGCUCCUAGAUCUGAUGCAGUCAGGGAAGCUGGAGCCGGAGGCCGCUUUUCUCAAUGCAUCACUGGUGCCGGGCGUGUUCCCGGUCCUCGCGGCGGCGCACAAAGCGCUGCUCUCCAAGUCGAGGGAGUCGCUGACCACGAGAACCCUGCACUCGGAGCUUGUCUACAAUUGCUCUGGCUCGAAGCAUAUAACUGAGUCCCUAAAGCGGUGCGGUAUCGCUGAUGACACGCAGUAUAUCCUUGCGGCUCGGUUUGAUGCUUCAGAUGAAGAGAUGAAAGCUCUGGAAAAGCUCAUCAGCGGAACCGAGAUUGAUCUGUCGGAAUUGGAGACAAGAGCAGACCAACCAAAGAUUCUGAAGCAAUACAAAAUAACUCCACAAGAAUUAUCAAUAUCUACACUGCCAGAGGCAAUCGUGUGCAGGAUUGCUGCUCGAGACGCCCUCUGAGGUCUUAAAAACGAUGGCCAGGACGUUCUGCAGCUGUGUGUGUCAAAUUCUUUGGACGAUCACCGCAUCUGCCGCACCUCCUGUCGAUGGUCAAGCUCGUGGCGGCAGGAUGUUUCAACUCAUGAACUUAGGAAUUGCAUUACGGUAACAUUCAGUCCUGGAUGCUGUAGCGACAACUGAAUAAUAUGUAUGGUCACAGGCUCACGGCUUGAGUGUUUCUAAGAUCACUUCAUCAAGAUUUAAUGCAAGCAACCUUCAGUUGAUAUCGCGAUGUUGACUCGGAUCUGUUGUUUCGGUGACACUGCAGAACAUGAGUAAAAUCAGCGAAAUAUGUGUGGCCUGGGUCCAUUGGUUUUAUGGCUUUAUCAUGAACAUAAUGAUGCGGUACUACUG